AUGGGUAACCAAUCAGCGAAAUCUUCAAACGGUACCAAUUCACGGGUAUCACAUUCGACGUCUACGCAUCACCAAUCAAGUAGAGUAGUCAGCGACACCAUUCCACGAUCGGCUUCCAGUAUUUCUUCCCAAGGUUCGUAUUUCCCACCAACUUUCCGAACUUUAUUAUAAUUGUGACUUUCACUCAGAGCGCUUCUACAUGGAAUCGCCAAUUGCUACACAGUCUGCCGCAUGUCCUGUAGCUGCUCCAGGAAAAUACCGACAUGUUACAGGUUUAUUUUCGAACAAGACUUUUAAGACCGAGCUAUUGGCUGCGUAUUUGACGGCUUUUCUCGAAGUCGGAUUUCGCACGGAACAAAACUUGUCAAGCUUCAGCGCCUUUGAAUUUGAUGCGGGUACGGUAGAGCAAAAUUUACCAUCUUUUCAAAAAAUCGAUUUCAGACGAAUUUUUGAAGAGAAAUGGAGAGGAAAUUGUAGGAAAGCCGUUUUUAGUUCAAUUUCGUAACAUUUGAACUUAGCAGUAGCCGUCUAUUUAUAAUCGGUUUUUUGUCAGAAAGGAGAACAAAUUCUGAUUUACCGUAUUCGCCUCGAAUCUAAAGGCAAACUUCGACGCGAGUCGCUAGAUUAAAAAAUUUUAAAAAUAGCAUUUACAUUUACGAGUUCCGAAGCGGUUGGCGCCGUGCGAAUUUUCAAAUUUCUACUGAAAAAAUAUGGUUGCAUAGCUGAGCAGCCAAAUGUCAAAAACGGUGGAACAUUGGCGCUGCCCCGAAUCGGAACUUCCCGAAUCAGAACUGGUACGAAUCAAAACUAUUUUUAGUGCUAACUCAGGCAAAUCGUUUCUAAUCUAACUAGUUAAUUCUCGUUUCUAACCGGACCUAGUUAGAUUGCUACUGAUUUCUGAAUCGAUCUAGCUAGCUGAUUUUGCAAUCUAAACAGCUAGGUUUGCCCGAAAUUUUAAUCUAAUUAGAUAAAUUUUAAAUCUAAUAUCAGUGUUUAUGCAAUCUAAUUAGAAAAUUUAUCAGUCCAGUUAGAAGAAUUUGCAAUCUAAUCGCAGUAAGUUAGCAAUCUAAUUAGGUCCGGUUGGAAACGCGAAUUAGCUAGCUGGAUUACAAACUAUUUAACUGAAAAUUGGUUCUGAUUCGUACCAGUUUAAAAAAAAAUAACUCAUUUAUUCGCUUCGACCACCAGAAAAAAUUUACAGUUCUGAUUAGGGAAGUUCCGAUUCGGGGCAAUCGGCUCGGUUCCAAAUCCCAUGUGAUGUAAUCGUCUAAUGGGGUUAUUCAGGCUGUGAAAAAAAUGAUUGUUUUCCGUUUUUUUUCGUUAUUUUACGUCAAAAAAUCCAAUUCAGCAAUGUAAAAAAACGAAAAAAAAACAAACGGAAAACAAACAUACGCUGAAUAGCCCCAUAACUACAGAAAAACCGUCUAAUUCAGGAAAAUUCCUGCCCCCAAUAAAACUGAACGACGACAUCAACAAUUCGGAUGACGAAGUAUUUUGCUCCUCCCGUUCAUCGAAUUAUGUAAUGUCUCCCGGUUAGUCACGCAAGUGUUUAUUUUAAAAUUUCGCUCGUCCAGGUGAAGAAACUCGUUCGCCGCCAGCUUCUUCUCUCAAUAGACGCUCCAUUGAAUCGUCAAACUCUGAUCUUCUGGAAGCAGUAACUCCUCGUAGCCAGUUCGUCAAUUCCAAGCUUCACAAUUGAAUUCUAUUCAAUCAAUUCCAGCAUCUCCGUGAAAAGAACAGUUAGCAGUGGUGAACCAGAGCAACCCGACGUUUCGAACAACAUUCAAAAAAGCAAUUCAUUGAAACUUUUACGAAACGGAUUCAGGAACGAAUCAAAGGAAAAAGAGAUAAGCGCGGUGAAUAGGUCGAGCCGUGAGUCCGACUUAUUUACUUUCCAUAAUCUUCAAAUGUAUUUUUCUUUGCAGACGGUUUUCCAUACAUACACCAAUUUCUACAUCUCACACAGCCGCAGAUUAUUUUUGUGAGAAAGACGUGGAAUCAUGCGAGAAACCAGGGCGCAUUGGAGCCAGCAAUAAGCAUCUUUAGGAACUCUUUCUUCAAACAUCCAGAGAUACGUCAAAUGAUUAUGUUUGGCACUAAAAAUGAAGGACAUGAACGACUGAAAGUAAAUGGUUUUAUUAGCACCACCUCAACGUUCUGGAUAUGUCGCUCUUCCGCAAUACCACGUGAAAACUCGGCCACGGCCACGAUAUUUUCGAAUUUAGCACUGAAUUCACGGGAAUUGCGAUAGAGCGCGAUUUCCAUUUCAAAAUUGACUAAUUCACAGACCCAUGCCCAACUAUUUACACUUCUGAUGGACGAUCUUAUUGCCAAUUUGGACUCGCCUUCUGCUACUGUUGCUGGCCUCCGAAAAGCUGGAGAGCAACACAUGUGGCCAAGCAAGGAUAAAUGUUCGGAAGUUUUCCGAUCCUUAUCGAUCAAUAUAUUCUUUUUUCUAGUCGGAUGUCAAUUUCGUGUUCAACUAUUAGAUCAGUUUGCAUCCGCUAUGAUCGAGAGAACUUUGGAAUGGGGAGAAAAAAAAGAUCGGACUGAGGUGGUGCCAAAGAUUGAUAAGCUUUUUAAAAAAUAACUUUUCAAAAAGGCAUUUGACUGCAAUCGCGCUCUGUUGAGAAACUUUUUGCAGUACAAACUGCAAUGAUCUCGGAGCCGAGUUUGAAGAAAAAUGGAAAAGAUCAGCCGCAUUUUCAUUUCGCGGCGGUAAAACUCGGGCAGAUUAGGAACAGAGCGUGAUUGCAGAGAAAUUCCCCCAUAAUACGUCUUCAUGACUGAAUGAGUCCAUGACCAAUCUGGAAACUCCCAGACAACUCAACGAGGAUGGACGAAAAUCGUGCUAUUCGUAAUAGAGCAACUCAAAGAAGGUUUUCAAGAGGAGCAAAAAAAAGUUCGACGGAUGAAAGCCCAGAUGGUACUACUUUUGUGUAAUGUUAAUCAUAAGUUUAUCUUAAUUCCGCAUUUUAAAUUUUUCUAAAAAAAAAUGUUCUUCUCGAAAAAUAUGCAGUUGAGAAUGUUAGGGGCAUUUCUCUGCAAUCGCGCUCUGUCGCGAUCGCAUUCGAAUCGGUGGUCGAGUUUUUGAGUCCGUGACAAAAGGUCGGAAAACCAAAAAGGUCGGAAGACAAAAGGUCGGAAAGCCAAAAGGUCGGAAAAAGUGACAAAAGUACGGAAAAAAUGCCGAAAGGUGGAAAAAAAAAUGCCAAAAGAUCGGAAAAAAAUGACAAAAGGUUGGAAAAAAGUGACAAAAGGUCGGAAAAAAGGCCAAAAGGUCGGAAAACUGCUAAAAUACCUGUUUUCUGACGUUUUGUAAUUUUUUCCGACCUUUCGGCAUUUUUUCCGAUCUUUUGUCAUUUUUUUCCGAUCGUUUGGAAUUUUUUUCCGACUUUUUGUCACUUUUUUCCGACCUUUUGUCAUUCUUUUUUUUUCCGAUCUUUUGGCAUUUUUUUCUAACCUUUCGGCAUUUUUUUCCGACCUUUUGUCAUUCCGACGUUUUGGCUUCCGACCUUUUUGGUUUUCCGACCUUUUGUCACGGACUUUUUCAGCGGCAAAAUAAUUUUACUCGACCCCGAGAUCAUUGCAGUUCGCCCUGCAAAGAGUUUCUCAACAUACCGCGAUCGCAGUGAAAUGGUCCGACAGUAUCAAUUUUACAGAAUUCAAGUGCGUACAGCAGUAUGGUUGAAAUAACACCGAAAUCUAAGCAAUGUGAUAUAAAGCGCUUCCAGACAUUUGACAAUUUAUAA